GAAGAGGCUCCUGGAUUGGAACACCCCGUUGUCCCAGUAUAUUCCAGAGUUCAUGCAGAGAGACGACAAAGUUGGUCAAGAAGCCACGCUGAUUGAUGUCUUGAGUCACCGAAUUGGCCUCACGGGUGCAAAUGCUCUUUGGAUUCAACGGAACCAGAACUUCAUGAUGCCUAAGAACGAAACAGUGAGAACAGCAGCCUAUAUUGACGCGAUUGUGCCGUUCCGAUCAGAAUUCAGUUACAAUAACUGGGCCUAUGGCCUGGUUACAGCUUUGAUCGAGCAGGUCACCGGACUGACGUACGGAACGUUUGUUCGGGAGAACAUCUUCAAGCCACUGGGACUCAAGCGUACAACUCUGGAUGUUCCAAAUGAUGACAAUGUUGCUUCCGCGAACAUGGUCCAUCGAGAUGGGUCAUCCUGCCAAAUCCAGCCCGCACCAAGUUCUGCCCUUACAGGAUUGGCAGGUGCCGGUGGUGGGAAGUCGUCUCUGUCUGACCUUUUGUAUCUAUACAAAUCGCUCUUAUCGCAAUACACCCAAGAGGUUUCUCAUGAAAAUAUGACGAUUCCCCAGUCAUCCUCGCCAUUCCGGCAGGUCACCAACAUGUUCGAGGUGAGGAUACCUAUAUAG